CGGGCGGCGGGCGGGCACGCGCGCGGCGGGGGCGGGCUCUCCGGAAGGCAGAGCCGCAGUCGCGUAGCCGGACGUGUCCGCGAAGAUGGCGGGCCGGAGCAUGCAAGCUGCAAGAUGCCCUACAGAUGAAUUAUCUUUAACCAACUGCGCAGUCGUGAAUGAAAAGGAUUUCCAGUCAGGCCAGCAUGUGGUUGUGAGGACCUCUCCCAAUCACCGGUACACCUUUACCCUGAGGACCCAUCCGUCCGUGUUUUCAGGGAGCAUUGCCUUCAGCUUACCCCAGCGAAAAUGGGCUGGACUUUCUAUUGGACAAGAAAUAGAUGUCUCCUUAUACACAUUUGACAAGGCCAAGCAAUGCAUUGGCACCAUGACCAUCGAGAUUGAUUUCCUGCAGAAAAAAAACAUCGACUCCAACCCAUAUGAUACCGACAAGAUGGCUGCAGAGUUUAUUCAGCAGUUCAACAACCAGGCUUUCUCCGUGGGACAACAGCUUGUGUUCAGCUUCAAUGAAAAGCUUUUUGGUUUACUGGUGAAGGACAUUGAAGCCAUGGACCCCAGCAUCCUCAAGGGGGAACCUGCGACAGGUAAAAGACAGAAGAUUGAAGUAGGCCUCGUCGUUGGAAACAGUCAAGUUGCAUUUGAAAAAGCAGAAAAUUCUUCACUCAAUCUUAUUGGCAAAGCUAAAACCAAGGAAAACCGUCAGUCUAUCAUCAAUCCUGACUGGAACUUUGAGAAAAUGGGCAUAGGAGGCCUGGACAAGGAAUUUUCCGAUAUAUUCCGACGAGCGUUCGCUUCCCGAGUAUUUCCUCCCGAGAUUGUGGAGCAGAUGGGUUGCAAACAUGUUAAAGGCAUCCUGCUUUAUGGGCCCCCAGGAUGUGGUAAAACUCUUCUGGCUCGCCAGAUUGGCAAGAUGUUAAAUGCGAGAGAGCCCAAGGUGGUCAAUGGGCCAGAAAUCCUUAAUAAGUAUGUGGGAGAGUCAGAGGCCAACAUUCGUAAACUCUUUGCUGAUGCUGAAGAGGAGCAGAGGAGGCUUGGUGCUAACAGUGGUUUGCACAUCAUCAUCUUUGAUGAAAUUGAUGCCAUCUGCAAGCAAAGAGGGAGCAUGGCAGGUAGCACAGGAGUUCACGACACUGUUGUCAACCAGCUGCUGUCCAAAAUUGACGGGGUGGAGCAACUGAACAACAUCCUAGUGAUUGGCAUGACCAACAGACCGGAUCUGAUAGACGAAGCUCUCCUUCGACCUGGAAGAUUGGAGGUAAAGAUGGAGAUCGGCUUACCAGAUGAGAAAGGUCGAUUACAGAUCCUUCACAUCCACACAGCACGGAUGAGAGGCCAUCAGUUACUCUCUGCUGAUGUCGAUAUUAAAGAACUGGCUGUGGAAACCAAGAAUUUCAGCGGUGCCGAGCUGGAGGGUCUGGUGCGAGCAGCACAGUCCACUGCGAUGAAUAGACACAUAAAGGCCAGCACCAAAGUGGAGGUGGACAUGGAGAAAGCAGAGAGCCUGCAGGUGACAAGAGGAGACUUCCUUGCUUCUUUGGAGAAUGAUAUCAAACCAGCAUUUGGCACAAACCAAGAGGAUUAUGCAAGUUACAUUAUGAAUGGUAUCAUCAAAUGGGGCGAUCCAGUGACGCGGGUUCUAGAAGAUGGGGAGCUGCUGGUUCAGCAGACUAAAAACAGCGACCGGACCCCAUUGGUUAGCGUCCUUCUGGAAGGCCCUCCGCACAGUGGGAAGACUGCCUUAGCUGCAAAGAUUGCAGAGGAGUCCAACUUCCCCUUCAUCAAGAUCUGUUCUCCUGAUAAGAUGAUUGGCUUUUCUGAGACAGCCAAGUGUCAGGCCAUGAAGAAGAUCUUUGAUGAUGCAUAUAAAUCCCAGCUCAGUUGUGUGGUUGUGGAUGACAUUGAGAGACUGCUUGAUUAUGUUCCUAUUGGCCCUCGAUUCUCUAAUCUCGUGUUACAGGCUCUUCUUGUAUUAUUGAAAAAGGCACCUCCUCAGGGCCGCAAGCUUCUUAUCAUUGGGACCACUAGUCGCAAAGACGUCCUUCAGGAGAUGGAGAUGCUCAAUGCUUUCAGCACCACCAUCCAUGUGCCCAACAUCGCCACAGGAGAGCAGCUAUUGGAGGCUCUGGAGCUUUUGGGCAACUUCAAGGACAAGGAACGCACCACAAUUGCACAGCAAGUCAAGGGCAAGCAGGUCUGGAUUGGCAUCAAGAAGUUACUGAUGUUGAUUGAGAUGUCCCUGCAGAUGGAUCCUGAAUACCGUGUGAGAAAAUUCUUGGCCCUCUUAAGAGAAGAAGGAGCGUAA